CAGCAUCCCCAGAACCUGCCCCAGGCACUCAGCACUGCCCAGGAUCAAACCACCGUUGCGUUCCCCCGGAUCCUCGCCCGGGGGCCAGCGCCCCCACACGCUGCCCGCCAGCGAAUUUCGUUGCCUCAGCCCCGAGGAUGCUGUCAGUGUGUUCGAGAUCGAGCGGGAAGCCUUUAUAUCCGUCUCCGGGGACUGUCCCCUCCACCUGGAUGAGAUCCGCCACUUUCUAAACCUGUGCCCGGAGCUCUCCCUCGGCUGGUUUGAGGAAGGGCGGCUCGUGGCGUUCAUCAUCGGCUCCCUCUGGGACCAGGAGAGGCUCAGCCAGGCGGCACUGACCCUGCACAAGCCGCGGGGCACAGCAGUGCACAUCCAUGUGCUGGCCGUGCACCGCACCUUCCGGCAGCAGGGCAAGGGCUCCAUCCUCAUGUGGCGAUACCUACAGUACCUGCGGUGCUUGCCCUUCGCCCGGCGGGCCCUCCUCAUGUGCGAACAUUUCCUCGUGCCCUUCUACCAGAAGUGUGGUUUCGAGGUGCUGGGUCCCUGCGAGGUGACGGUGGGGGAACUGGCCUUCGUCGAGAUGCAGCAUCCCGUGCGGGGACAUGCCUUCAUGCGC